ACAAACAUGUUUGAUCGACCACCGGGGCGGUUGGCAGACAGUGGGAUGACUAAUGAGUUCUGACUGACACGGUCUGACUUGUGUCUCGAGAGGCUCGCUGGACGCGUCGCAACAUGCUCCUGCUGCAGAGGUCCGUUUUUAAGAGGCUUCUCCAGCACUUUUAUUCCGGAAAUCAAGGAAACGCCAAAAGUUUGGUGCCGGCCGCGCUGCCCGCUGGAGCUGCGGGACACCGGAACAAAUCAAGAAGGAUCACGUUUCACUCAAUAGCUGUCCCAGGCGAGAGGGAGCGGACUCUCAUCGCCAUAAAGCCAGAUGGAGUUCAACGUCGCCUUGUGGGGCAGAUAAUGCAGCGCUUUGAGCAGCGGGGCUUCAAGCUGGUCGGACUGAAAAUGUUGCAGGUGUCUGAGGAUCUCCUGUCUCAGCACUACUGUGACCUGAGGACUAAGCCCUUCUACCCCAGUCUGCUGGAUUACAUGAGCUCAGGGCCCGUUGUUGUCAUGGUGACGUUCCUCUCGUCUCUAAUAUUAGUGUGGGAAGGUCACAAGGUGGUCCAGACAUCUCGUACAAUGGUGGGACAUACCAACCCAGCCGAGGCCCAGGCAGGCACAGUCAGAGGAGAUUUCAGCUUUCAUGUCAGCAGGAAUGUGGUUCAUGCCAGUGAUUCACCGGAAGGGGCUCAGAGGGAGAUCCAGCUGUGGUUCCACAGUAAAGAACUCCUGAAGUGGGAGUGCUGUGACCAGACCAUCACCUGUGAAGAUGCUAAGGCCUGAAGUCUACGGCUUCGACACGGACGCAGUGAGAAUCAGUAACGGUACUUCUGCUCCUGCUGCUCAGGGAUCUGUCUGUCAAAUAAUUUACCUCAGUAAGUGCACUUAAAGUCACAAAGAUUAUUUUGGCACAAAGGUGAUUUUUUUUUCUUCUUUUUUAAUAAACCAAUUAUACUAUUAGCUGCAUGCAAAUGGAGACCUGCAACAUCCUUGGUUGAAGCAGCAGUGGAAGGAGUUUGUCAGGAUGAGAUGUAUUUUAUCACUACAUGCAAACAUUGAGGUGUUGUGUCUACCCUUAGUGGAUGACCUUAAUUAAACACGAAUGCAAGAUGAAUGAAUUGUUCCCUAAUUUACAGAUGAUAUGCACAUGAGAUAGGAGGUAAUACACAUACUAAACAUUUUUAUCAUAGUGGUGCUAUGAGUUUGUUGUGUAAUUAUUUCACUUAAAUUGUUUCAGUUCUACGGGAUUUAGGUACAUUUAUGAAAUUGUCAAGUAAUCCUUCUACCUCUGUUUAAAAGAAUAAAUAAAUCAAAUAAGAGAGUGGAGCUCUAAACUUCGGUUGGAAAUGGUUAAUGGUCAAUGUUGAUUC